AUGGGGAUAUAUUCAUUUUGGAUCUUUGAUAGGCAUUGUAACUGUAUAUUUGAUAGAGAAUGGACAUUGGCGUCCAAUAGCGCAAGUGGUACAAUAAAUUCCAAACAGACUGAAGAAGAUGCAAAGCUGCUGUACGGCAUGAUAUUUUCAUUACGCUCUAUAACGCAGAAACUUUCCAAAGGCUCUGUUAAAAACGACAUACGGAGUAUAUCUACAGGAAAGUAUAGAGUUCACACGUAUUGUACGGCUUCAGGGCUAUGGUUUGUACUAUUAUCCGACUUCAAACAGCAGUCUUACACUCAAAUUUUACAGUAUAUUUACAGUCAUAUUUAUGUCAAAUAUGUGAGCAACAACUUAUUGUCACCAUAUGAUUUUGCUGAAAACGAAAGUGAAAUGAGAGGUCAGGGGACAAGAAAGAUCACCAAUAGGAACUUUAUAUCCGUUCUUGAGUCAUUUUUAGCACCAAUGGUCAAUCAGUGA